GGGGCGCGUCACCACGGCAAAGCCCCAGGGACCCGCAACGUCUGUGUAAAUAACACCCCUCAGGCGGGUGGGGCCGGGUCACACGGUGUGCCAGGGCCCGAACGUCUCUCGACGGGCCGCUGCCCCGCUCCGACAGACCCCCUCCACCCCCAGCAUGCGGGGGGCAGCCUGGUCACAAGGGGCAAUCGAGGGCAAUGGGCUGAAGGUGCUGGCGCCGGGAAGCAAUGGCCCCUCUCCUGCCACCGCCGUACGUUGCGGGGGGCGUUAGGCUCCCAUCGGACGCGGCCAGCAGUGGCCGUUGGGGGAAGCCGGGUACCAGACUAGUCCCGCCGGUAAUAAUAAUACCUCGCUCUUUUCCAGCGCGUCUCCUCAGUAGAUCUCCCAGCACUUUACAAAAGAGGAGCCACACAUUUCUCUAUGGCUGAAGCAGAAAAUCAGAAACAACUUCUCAGGCUGAUUCAAGAAGGCAGGCUAGACCUUUUCAAAGAGGAGUUGCAGAGAGACAAGGAAAUGAGCAAGGAAGUGAGGCGGAAACACUAUGGGAAAUCUGGGGACACGCUACUGCACUAUGCAGCCAGGCAUGGUCACCUGAAUGUUCUGACCCAUUUAGUAGAAGCCUUGGAAAUGGACAUCGAGAUGUUUAAUAAUGACUACAAAAGGCCCCUCCACGAAGCAGCUUCCAUGGGUCACAGGGACUGCAUGUUGUAUCUGCUGGAUAAAGGUGCAAGGAUAGACUGCUUGAAAAAGGCAGACUGGACUCCUCUCAUGAUGGCUUGCACCAGGAAGAACCUGGAGGUGAUUAAAGAUCUCAUUGAGCAUGGAGCAAACCCGUUGUUAAAGAACAAAGAUGGCUGGAAUUGCUUCCAUAUAGCAAGUCGAGAGGGUGAUCCCCAGAUCAUCCAGUACUUGCUCACUGUGUCUCCGAGCAGCUGGAACACAGAAAGCAAAAUAAAGAGAACUCCUCUGCACACGGCAGCAAUGCACGGCUGUUUUGACGUAGUGAAAGCACUUCUUGAGCGGUGCCCAUAUGAACCUGACAGCAGGGACAAAUGCGGAGUGACUCCCUUUAUGGAUGCGAUACAGAACGGGCACAUCGACAUAGCCCAGCUGUUUCUAGAAAAGCAUAAGGCCUGUUAUACAGCUGCAGAUGCAGUAGGUGCUCAGCCGUUGCACCAGGCAGCAGUCACGACCCAGGACGAAGCCAUCCGCUUCCUUGUCUCUGAUCUCGGUGUCAAUGUCAAUGAGAGAGCAACGUCAAUCCAACUCACGGCGCUACAUUACGCAGCCAAGGAAGGACAUACAAGUACCGUCCAAACGCUGUUGUCCCUCGGCGCUGAUCUACAUGCUAAAGACGGGAAAAGUCGAUCUGCCCUGCACAUGGCCUGUGCGGGCCAGCACGCGGCCUGUGCGUGGCUUCUCCUGCAGGCUGGAUUGCAGGACUCCCUGGACGACACUGGAACAUUUGCACGGCAGCUUGCCAAGAAACCGGACGUCCUACAGCUUUUCAAGGGAAUAAAUGUUAGCACAUGAAACUGACAGAGGAGAGAAUAAAAGUUUGUUUUCAGCAUCACUGUUUUGUGUUGUGCCAGAUAGAACUAUUAACAAAGGGCCAAAUCCUGAGGGCCUGACUCAGGCAAAGACAAUGGGAGUUGUGCUGAGUAAGGACUGAGUAAAAGAGCUCAUUGGAAAUAUAGUAGGAAUAAAGCUACAUACGAAUGUCUCAUAUUAAAUAGAUUUUGACCCAAGGGUAUAAUGGGGAUAAUACACUCCAUAGGAUGGGACUUACAGACACUUGUAUAGUGCUCCAUCAUCCUAGGAUCUCUACCAGUCCCCACACCAUCUAUUUGGUUGCUGGGUUGGUUCGCAUACACUUAGGCCUGGUCUACACUAGGAAAUUAGGUCAGGAUAACUAUGUCACUCAGGGAUUUGAAAAAUCCACAUCCCUGAGCAAUGCCGUUAAACCGACCUAACCCCUGGUGUAGCCAGCGCUCCCACCAACCUAGCUACGGUCUCUUGGGGAGGUGGAGUACCGACGCUGACAGGAGAACCCCUGCCGUCAGCGUUGGUAGCAGCUUCAUUGAAGCACUACAGUGGCACCACUGCAGUGUUUUAAGUGUAGACAAGUCCUAAGUAUCUCUUUGUCUGUCUGUACUGCGCAGAGGGGUCCACAUCUUAAUUGGGGCCUUUGGACAUCACUGUAAUAUAAAUGUUUAAUAGUAAUAGUGCUACAAUUGGAUGGCUGUUCGAUGGGCUGUAUGAAAUGACCUGGCCAAUUUCUGGUGGGACAGCACAAAACCACUGCCACAAUUGGCAGCUGUUACAGAGAGGCCCAGGGUGGCAGAGAACCAAUUACCCUUUCCCCUAAGAAAUGAUCCCCCUCAACCAUCUAGCUCAGGAUGGAAGAACAGUGGUGAGUAGCAUGGGGAAGCUUGUACAGCCCCUGCCCGUGUGAUAUGCUUUCUGUGGAGCAGGGGCCUGAGCCAAAGCCCGUUGAAGUCAACAGAAACAGUGAAGACUUCCACUGGCCUCUGCAUCAGGCUCAAAGAGAGAAAUACAUUAUCCAAGACAUGCAUUCAUAGAUUCCAAGGCCAGAAGGGACCAUUGUGAUCCUCUGAUCUGACCGCCUGU